GUAAACUAAAUUAUUGACACACCACGUGUCAAACCACAACUGGCCCUGCACAACCCCCCACUUCCUCUCUCUCUGGUAAGACACUGGUUUUGACAAAACACCAAUGCCUUCUUCUUCUUCUUCCUCUUCCUCUUCCUCCUCCUCCUGCUCUUGAUGUUUCGAACCCCAAUUUCCAGAUUCGCCACACUUUUCAGAAACCCAAAUCCCCAUAAACUCUUACCCACAGAACCAAUUCCCAUAUUCACCAAAAAAGCUCGAAUCUUUGGCCCCAAACAAAAGCUCAAAAUGCCAUCCCAGCAAAUCCUACCCAUAACAUACCACCCCCCAUCUUCAAAUCCCGCCACCACUGAAAAGCUACUAGUCAAAUCUGAGGAGGACCCAUCAACAAGGCUCCUCCUUUAUUCACAUUUCGAAGAUGAAGAAAAGGCCGCGCCUUUGAAGCCCCUUCUUCCCAAGUCGGCGAGCUACACAUUCAACACCUCCACCACCGCCGCCGCCGCAGCAGCAGGUUCUGCCAAUAACAACCAGAAGCGGCGGCGCCGGACGGCCAGCGAUAACUCGCUUUAUUCGUCGUCAUCCAAUUCCUCAUCGGAGGAGGGCGCUGCCGACCGGCAAUCUAUCGCCGGCGAUGUGGAGCACGCCGCCGCCGAGACGUACUUGAUCACCCGGCUGAGCUUGAAGCUUUUGAGCUAUCUUGGGGUAGGCUACAGAUGGAUUACAAGAUUUUUGGCCCUCGGUUGUUAUUCGUUUUUACUUAUGCCAGGGUUUAUUCAAGUUGGCUAUUACUAUUUCUUCUCCAAGCAGGUCCGCAGAGGUAUAGUUUAUGGCGAUCAACCAAGAAAUAGGCUAGAUCUGUAUCUACCCAAAAAUUCUGAUGGGCCAAAACCAGUCAUUGCAUUUGUAACUGGUGGAGCCUGGAUUAUUGGUUACAAAGCAUGGGGUUCUCUUUUAGGAAUACAGUUAUCAGAACGAGACAUCAUAGUGGCAUGCAUAGAUUACAGAAAUUUCCCUCAGGGUACUAUCAGUGAUAUGGUACAGGAUGCUUCUCAAGGCAUCUCAUUUGUAUGUAAUCAUAUUGCUGAAUAUGGAGGCGAUCCUGAUAGGGUUUAUGUGAUGGGACAAUCAGCUGGUGCACAUAUUGGUGCAUGCUCAAUUGUUGACCAGGCAAUCAAGGAGCUUGGUGAAGGAGAGAGCACUUCUUGGAGUGUUUCCCAGAUAAAGGCUUACUUUGGUCUUUCUGGAGGGUACAAUUUGUUUAAUUUAGUAGAUCACUUCCACAGUCGAGGCCUAUACCGUUCAAUAUUUUUAGGCAUAAUGGAAGGGGAGCAUUCAUUGCAACGUUUCUCUCCUGAAGUCAUGAUUCAGGACUCCAAUGUUAGGAGUGCUGCUUCUCUUUUACCUCCUAUUAUUUUAUUUCAUGGUACUGCAGAUUAUUCCAUACCAUCAGAUGCCAGUAAGAAUUUUGCAGAAACUCUUCGGAGUCUUGGAGUGAAAGCUGAAUCGAUUCUGUAUGAAGGGAAAACUCACACAGAUUUGUUUCUUCAGGAUCCAAUGCGAGGCGGAAAAGAUCAGAUGUUUGAAGACUUAGUAGCUAUCAUUCAUGAAGGUGAUUCAGAGGCCCUUGCCAAAGAUGCAGUGGCUCCACCAAGAAAGCGCCUUGUACCUGAGUUCAUGUUGAAGUUGGCUCACAAAGUCAGCCCAUUCUAGCUAUUUUUGUUGAUCAUUCAUCACCCCCAAAAAUAGAGUUUCUUUGUGAUGUAAUCUAUUCUUGUACAUAUCAUUAAUGAAAACCCAACUGUUUACCCCUUAUUUGUGGGUAACCUUCAGAACUCCCCUAUUCUCGUCACAUAGAUCAAAGUUCUUCGUUUCCUUUGUAAAAUGUUGAGACAUUCUGAACAUCUGUAGAAGUAUACCACAGGGAAUGUUGUACUGAUUAUAUUCCUUUUUAAAUUCUCCCAAUCUUUGUAAUCUUAGGCCUAGUUUGGUUCAUGGAAUAGAAAUCAAUUCCCUUGUCUUUCC